AUGGCUCAGUUCCAGGUUAUGACCACGUUGACACUUCUGCUUGCUUUGGUACCAAACUCGAUAGCUCAAAGCCCCACCGCAUCACCAGCAUUGUCACCCUCCACCGGCGGCGCUCCUCCGCCAGCAGCGACUCCAACGUCGUCACCGAUGUCUAGCCCUCCUCCCAUGGUUUCGACAACUCCAAGCCCAUCAAUGGCUCCUACUACACCGUCCCCAUCAACCUCAACGGUACCAAUCCCAUCAAUGAGUUCACCACCUUCACCCAUGGGAAUGGCUCCUUCGCCAUCUAUUGCUCUUCCCCCUGGAUCACCUGAUUCCUCCCCCGACAAUGCAUUGGCUACGCCUCCGGUUAUGUCCACACCGAGUUUUGCCGCUUCAACGUAUGAAUAUAGCACGUCUUUGUUAGCGUUGCUUGGAGCCGUGGCACUAUUCUUUUAG